AUGGCGAAAUUAUCAUCGUCAUUAUGGAUCGUAACGUUAACGUUUUUAAUUAAUUUAUCGCGAUGUGAAAAAAUUCAAAAUGUCUACCCCGCGAUAAAAUCAUUCAACGUGGAAAAUUAUUUCAAAUCCGAAACGUUUAAAGAUUUAUUAAAAUCAGGAAGGUUGAGUGAGUUGUGUGGAAAACAUUUUGAAAUGUGGUUCGAUGAUUUGUCAAAAGGUGACGCUUGGGCUUUACAAAUGAUGGAUUCCAUAACGAAAAUAAUGGAUGGUAUUUUUAUGGGUAGAAUGCACGUACCUGGACAUUUUGACGAAUGCGUUGCCGUAAGACAUCCGAAAGUGGAAAAUUUCAAAGGAAAACAUUGUUUGAUACCUGUCGGAUUGAAACUCAACGACAGUCAAGCCAUCAUAAAAGCGGAAGAAUUACAAAUGAGUUUAACUUAUUUUUAUGGGAUUUGCGUGCCAUCGACUUGCACUCCGAAAGAUGUCAAUGAAAUUCUUAAUAAUUUAAAUUUCAUCGAUUUUUUACAAUUUCACGAAUUAACGGAAAAUGAUUGUUCGACGGAUGAAUAUCGUGGUUUUAGAUAUGAAGAUUGGAUAGCCGUGAUCGUGAUUGGCGUAUUACUUUCUUUAGCCGCCAUAAGUACAAUUUACGAUCUCGUACAUAAAUUUACAUAUAAAAAUGAAAAUUCAAAUUUAUUUCUCGCAAGUUUUUCAAUUUAUAAAAAUGGAAAAUCACUUUUUGGAACUUCGAAAGUUGGAAACGAAUUAAAAUGUAUUUUCGGAAUAAGAUUUUUUUCAAUAAGUUGGGUCAUAUUAGGUCACAGUUUUAUAACUUAUCUUUUUUCAUUUCCAAUCAAUUUUGCCGAUAUGCCAAAGUAUUUCACCGACGAAUCAUUAGUUUUGAUUAAUAAUGCUUACGUGGCAGUAGAUAGUUUUUUCUUUUUAAGCGGUUGUUUGGCUUGUUUAGUUUUUUUCAGAGAUAUUUCCACGAAGGGAAAUUUUGAUGUUCUCGUUGCUUACAUUCACAGAUACAUAAGAGUCACUCCAGCAUUUGCAUUUAUGAUUUUCCUUCAAUCGACCAUCGUGAGCCGUUUGGCAAAUGGUCCAUUUUGGAACAGGAGCAUGGAUAAAGUCGAAAACGAUUGCAGGAGUAGUUGGUGGCCUGCCAUUUUAUACGUACAAAAUUACAUUCAACCGGAAGCUUUGUGUCUCGGACAAAGUUGGUAUCUAUCAGCCGACAUGCAAAUGUUUUGGAUAUCGCCCUUUAUACUUUAUCCACUUCUAAUAUGGCCGUCUUUCGCUCCUUUUUUUUUAAUUUUAAUCAUUUUGGCGUCUUCUAUAACAAAUUUCACGAUUGCUUACGUCAACAAACUUCAACCCAGCUUGAGCUUGGGUUUCACGACCACAGUUUUGACACAAUUUAGAGAUGAUUAUAUCGCACUGCAGACGAGGAUGGCUCCAUAUUUCAUAGGAAUAGCAACGGGUUAUGUUAUUUGUGGUAUACAAGCUAAAAAAAUCCGUAUUAAAAUGUCGAUGUUGGUAGCAUUUUUGGGUUGGAUCAUAGCAUUCGGUUUAUGCGGCGGAAGCCUUUUUGGAGUCAUACGAUUUUAUUUCUACGAUCACACACCAUUGGAAGGUUCGUUGUAUUUGGCAUUUCACAGAGUCGGUUGGGCUUUAGGAUUAUCCUGGAUUGUCAUCGCUUGCGUGAGCGGUUACGGAGGUCCGAUAAAUCACUUUUUAUCCUUAGAAAUUUUCCAACCUCUUGCCAAAUUAGCCUAUUGUAAUUUUUUACUUCACAUGACUUUACAAUAUAUUCGUUUAUUUUCAACGAGAGUUAAUCAAUACGUAAGAAAAUUCGAUGCGGUACAUACGUUCUUUGGAGAUUUUUGUUUAUCAUUUUUAUUAGCCAUACCAUUAGCACUCCUUUUAGAAUAUCCUUUCGUUAAUUUGGAUCGAUUUUUUUUUCGGAAAAUUAAAAUUUUACCUUUUCCCAAUAAUAAUAAUAAUAAUAAUAAAACAAAUUACAAAAAAAAUUCAUUAGAUUUAAAUAAAUGUAACGAGUGCAAAGGAGAAUUCGAUAAAGAUGUUGAAAAAGGUAAAGAUAAUCCUAGUUUUAAAGAAUCCUAA